AUGUCGUUAUUGAUAUUCAAUGAUUUUUGUCAAAUUGUAUUACAAUUGAUAGAAGAUCGAAUUGUUUCAUUUCGUAUUACAUUAAGUAAUAUUAUUAGUGGAUGGUCACGCGUUUCAUCGUCAUUGAAAUAUCAUCAAGAAACAUUACUUCGACGUCUUCAUCUGAUCAAUAUUCAACAACAUGAAUUUGAUAAAUUAUUGAGUAAUUAUUCAAUAAAACAAGUACAUACUUUACUGGUCGAUGUGAGACAUAGUUUGUUAAAUAAUCAAGUGGUGGAAGGAGCUUAUUUAGCUAUGAAUCGAUUACCUAAAUAUUCAGCACCACCAUUGACGACUUUACCAAAUCUUUCAAAUACAAAUCAUCUUCGUACAUUGAGCAUUGGUAUGAACACAUUAAGAUUUCUAGAUCGUUUACUUAUGUGUGUGCCAUCUUUGAAAAUCGUUCUAUUGGUGUAA